AUGGCGGCAUCGCCAGCAGCGGGACUCAAACCACCAAAAGCCUUCGGGCUGCGGGUAACAUCCCCGGGGGCAGCACCCCCGGCGGAUGGCCGCUUAGGUGCUGGGUCGGUGACGGGUGACUUUUCCGGGUGUCGGGCCGGGUUCCUGGUCCCGGUUCUGUUUUCUGGGGAUGGUUGCAGGUGUUGGUCCGGUGGGAGCCGGGUCAAGCGAUCGGUGAUCCGGGAGGCCGGUUUCGCGCGAGUGGUGAUUGGAAAUUUGGUGAAGUCGGUGCAGUGUAAGAAGGGGCCGUGGUCGACGUUCCGGGGGGGUUUGCCCCACCCUCGCGGAAGGCCCACGGAGCAGUGUAGUUUCUCGGCUGUGUGUGCGGCAGCGGCCGGGUGGUCCGGGUGGUCCAGGUCGUGGAUGCUGAGUUUUCGCCGAGAAAACGAAGACAAAUCUUUUGAUUGUUUUGUUACUAGAGUGAAGGAACAAGCUAAGAAGUGUUCCUUUAGUGUGCUACAUGAUUCAUUGGUUAAAGACCGGAUAAUUAUUGGCGUGAAAUACUUACAAUUGGUCCCCCAACUGCUAAAUGACGAGUUGACCUUGCAAAAGACGAUUGAAUUAUGUCGCAACCAUGAACUAACUGCAAUGCAGUCCAGAGCGAUGAUAGCCGAAGAAAAAAUUGACGCAGUAAAAGUGUUAAAGAAAAAAUCAAACGAUAACAGUGACACAGAAGUAAUACAGUGCGGAAGAUGUGUGAGAAAACACAAGAGAUCCUCCUGCCCGGCAUAUGGAAAGGAGUGCCGAUCCUGUGGCCGCAAGGGGCACUUCGCCGCACAAUGUAAAAUCCAAAAUACCGUAAGAAAACCGACUAUUCACACGAUAUCGGAAAAAAAUAACAGUGAUUCAGAGGAGGAAUUAUUCAUUGGAGCUAUUGAGACCGAAGGAGAGGAUUGGUACCAGACAGUGAGAGUGGGAGGCAAAACAUUCUCUGCUAAGCUAGAUUCUGGUGCUACCGUUGGGUCUAGCAAAAAGUUUGAAAUUACUUCCCUUGCAACAGUCCAAUACGAAAUGAUAGUCAAGGAAACCGUCACUCCGAUACUGGGGCGAAAAACGUGCAUAGCGCAGCAGCUCAUAGCACGAGUGAAUGAUGUGCAGGUCAAUGACAGCGAUAUUUACAAUGGUCUGGGUUGUGUAAAAAAUUACGUUUAUGACAUCGACUUGAUCGAUAACCCACAGUGGAAGAUGAGACCAGCGAGACAUGUGCCGCAUAGCAUUCGUGAUGCAGUAAAAAAAGAGCUUGAUUCAAUGGAGAAACUAGGUGUCAUUGAAAGAAUUCAUGAUCCAACACCAGUGGUAAACCAAAACCUACUGCGACGUCAUCAUCCAUUGAGUACUCUCGAAGAAAUCUCUACCAGAUUGUCAAAAUCGAAGUAUUUCACGAUUCUUGAUUGUACGAAGGGCUUUUGGCAGAUCCCGGUAACUGAUCGUACGGCAAAGUUUUUGACAUUUGGAACACCCUGGGGACGAUAUUGCUGCAAGCGGCUUCCGUUUGGAUUAGCUUCUGCUCCUGAAGUAUUCCAGAAAAUCAUGCAAGAUACUCUAGAUGGACUCGAUGGUGUUGAAUAUUCGAUGGACGACAUUCUCAUUCAUGCGGAAAGCUUAUCUCAAUUGAAGGAUAUUACAGAAAACGUCAUUCGAAGACUACAUGAAAAGGGUCUUAAAUUAAACAAGGAGAAAUGCGUAUUCAAUCAGUCAAAAGCUAAGUUCUUGGGUCACUUGGUAUCCAAAGAUGGCUUAAGUGCAGAUCCAGAUAAAUUGGAUGCAGUGCGGAGACUAAACACACCAACGAACAAGCAAGAACUCCAACGUGCUCUAGAAAUGAUUACUUAUCUUGCAAAAUUUGUACCGAACUUGUCAAAAAUUACUGAACCUUUGCGACGGUUACUGGCAAAAGACGCGGCCUGGGUCUGGGAGGUUGAACAAGAAAAGGCUUUUCAAGAUAUUAAAAAUUUGAUGAUCUCACCACCAGUUUUGGCAUUCUACGACGUCAACAAACCAGUCACAUUGUCAGUCGAUGCCAGUUCAAACGCGCUAGGAGCAGUGCUAAUACAAAAUGAAAGGCCAGUAGCAUAUGCAUCAAAAGCCCUUUCUGUAGCCGAAAAGAACUAUCCACAAAUCGAGAAGGAAGCAGCCGUUAUCAGAUUUGCCUGUCAAAAGUUCCAUUAG